AUGUCAGAACUGACUGCGAUAAAACUACCAGCAUCGUUGCCGUAUCCGGUGAUCAUCUCCUCGAUACUCUGUCACAAGGGUGACAAGAUUGAAAAGCAUAUGGAGAUAUUCAAUUACAAAUACUGGACAUAUGAAGAUGACCCACACUCAAAAGAAGACCCGCCAAAGAAGAUGCGUGUCGAGUGCAUUGGAUCUUUUGAAAGUCCCAUUGAAGGCGAAGUUGAUAAGAUCAAUGUUGCGCCAAACGAGGAAAUAACACAUAGCAACAUUGACAUUUUACAUAUUAAGGAAGCGUGUGCUCAUACGGUACAAUAUGGUGGAUUAUGUGCCUUGUGUGGAAAAUCUUUAGAUGACGAAAAAGAUUAUUCAGGUUACGAUUACGAGGAAAGGGCCUCGAUUGCCAUGUCGCAUGACAAUACCGAAUUAAGAAUAAGCUACGAUGAAGCUGCAAAAAUUGAACAUAACACUACGGAUAGGUUGAACCAAGAACGAAAAUUGAUUUUGGUUGUCGAUUUGGAUCAAACUGUUAUCCAUGCAACUGUGGAUCCUACAGUGGGCGAAUGGCAACUGGACCCUGAAAACCCAAAUUACCCUGCAGUGAAAGAUGUAAGAACAUUCUGUCUCGAAGAGGAUCCAGUGGCGCCUCCUGGAUGGAAUGGUCCCAAAUUAGCGCCAACGAAAUGUUGGUACUACGUCAAGGUACGCCCUGGUUUAGCUGAAUUUUUGAAAAAAAUGGAUGAAAAAUAUGAGAUGCAUAUUUAUACCAUGGCCACAAGAAAUUACGCAUUAUCAAUAGCGAAGAUCAUUGACCCUGAAGGAAAAUAUUUUGGUGAUCGAAUCUUGAGUCGAGAUGAGAGUGGGUCUUUGACUCAUAAAAAUUUGAAAAGGCUUUUCCCGGUUGAUCAGUCGAUGGUUGUCAUUAUUGACGACAGAGGAGAUGUAUGGCAAUGGGAAAACAAUUUGAUCAAGGUUGUGCCGUACGAUUUUUUUGUUGGAAUUGGAGAUAUAAAUUCGAGUUUUUUACCCAAAAAAAAUGGUCAACUUACUGGACCAGUUAAGAAAAGGAAAUCAAUUGCCAAAUUAGAAGCUGCGGCAGAAUUGAAGAUUGAGCAGCAACAAGAGCGAGAGGACCAAGAGAAGCGCGAACGAGAACUAGAACUAGAACGAAAACGAGAAAGAGAAAGAGAAGGAGAAAGAGAAGGAGAAAGAGAAGGAGAAAGAGAAGGAGAAAGAGAACAAGGGAAUAGUCAAGAAAAUGAUGAUGUGCAAGAAAAGGGACAAGAAACUGAUCAAGAGGUGGAUUUUGACAAAGAGAAGGAACUUACAAAGGUGGAUGAAAGCUCGCCUGAGUUAGUAUCGAACCCAGUUGAGCGAAUACUCGAGUUGGGUGGUGGUGAAGGAAACACAAAUCUACUUCUUGAACAAUCGCUUACACGAAACCAAUCGAUUGAGCAGCAACAGCAUGAUCGACCUUUAGCUAAAUUGCAACACGAUUUGGAACAGUUACACGAACGACAAUCUGAGGGAAGUAAGUCUGGUGAUUCACUGGAUGAAGCCGAUGUGAGUGAUGAAGAAGAUAAUUUACUAUAUGACGAUGACAAUGAACUAUUUGCAUUAGACAAAGUGCUACAAGACGUACAUCGUGAGUACUAUACCCGGUACGACUCCAAUCCAGGUCUGUCGAACAAACCGAAUUUGACCGAAAUAAUACCGGAGAUGAAAAGCAAGACGCUUGCAGGAAUUACCAUUUUGUUCUCGGGUAUCAUACCAUUAGGUGUGCCUUUAGACUCGGCAGAUAUAGUUAUAUGGUGUAAACAAUUUGGUGUCAAUGUCGUGAACGAGGUUUAUCCCGAUGUGACGCAUGUCAUAUGUCGAGAUAUAAGUGAAGAGAAUGGUCCAACCUUUAAAGUUCGAGUAGCUCAGAAAUUGUAUGGUGAUAAAGUGAAGAUAGUCAAUCCUGAUUGGUUAUUCUCGUGCUUGAGCUCGUGGAGUUUAGUAGAUGAGACAGAGUAUUUGAUUCCCACAAAUAAUCCAAAGCUCUGGACAAUUAAGGACAAUGAAGUUGAAAAAUAUACGAAAAGAUUGGAAGAUAUCAAAAAAGCAAAGUCACAAGCAGAAGCAUCAAUCGAGUCUGACGAUCCAUUUGCAAAUUUUGAUUAUGAUAUUGGUGACGCAAAUCAAGAAGUCGAUGAGUUCCUAGCUGAGCUUAGCGACGACGACGACGACGAUGCCGAUGCCGAUGCCGAUGACAAUGAAGAUGAAGAUCAUAAUGAUGGUGGCGAUGGUACUAACGUCAAAGAUGAUCGGGAGAAAAGCAAGAGAAAGAAUGGCAAUCAUGAUAAGGAAAUUGGAGAGGAUCUGAGUACCAGUAGAAAACGUGCUUUUGAUGAUUUGAAUGACGACGAAAUGGAGGAUGAUGUUGAUGAUGAUGAUGAUGAUGAAUUGCAAGAUGAGCAAGCAAAAUCAAAUGGACACGAUUCAUUCAUCAAAGAUAUGUAUAGCAAAAAAAGAAAAGUAGAGGAUGAUGCAGAUGGUGACGGUCCUACACAUGACGGAAGAAAUGACAAUGUCAGUAGCGGAAAGGAUGGGGAUGUGGAUUUAGAAGACUUGGAACAAGAGCUUCUUGAUGGAUUUAUUGGUUUAGAGGAAUAG